GUAAGGGAGCUUCGCAAGGCCAAAAAUGCUAUACCAGUUGUUUUGAUGCUCAGUGUGUUCAUGCUGCGAGAGCUCGGCGGGAAAGGGCCGGUCUUCAGCUACACCGUGUACAUAUUCCGCAAGGCAGAGGUGGAACUGGACGCAUUUUAUUGCACAGUUUUCGUCGGUGUUGCUCGACUUGUAAGCACGUGCGUGUCUGCUUGCUGUCUGGACCUGGUCGGUCGCAAACGCCUUCUCGUGGCGACGGCAGUGAUGUGCGCAGUGUCGGAGGGCGUCGCCGGAGCCUUCCUCUUCCUGGAAGUGGAGGGGUUCGCGUGGGUGCCCCUGACAUCUGUAAUUGUCUUCGUGAUCGGCUAUGGGAUUGGUCUCGGACCCAUUCCCUGGACAUAUCUCGGCGAACUCCUGCCGACACCCGUCAGGUCUCUGGGAGCUGCCUUGAUCACUUUUAGUUACUCCAUUAUUUACUUUAUCGUAAACAUUUUGUUCCUGAAAGUGAUAUCUUCCCUCGGCCUGGGAUUGACGCUGCUGAUAUUCGGCACAGCUAAUCUGGCUAUCGCCAUGAUAGUCCUGUUGUUCAUUCCCGAGACCAAAGGGCGGACUUUGCAAGAUAUGGAAAAGGCCUUCUCAUCCAGGAGUAAGGGCAAGGCAUCUCUUCAGCCAAUCCCGACCGUCGCUGCUCUGGCAGAGAUGAGGCAGACCGUCUUGCAAGGGAACAAAGAAAACGAAAGAACUGAAGACUGCUAUUACAGUUAUCGAUAUCAAUCAUUAGCUUGGUCCUAUCAUUAUUAAUUUUAUUAUGACCAUUGCUAUUUUUACCAUUGUUUUAUAAUUGUUAAUACUCUUUUCAUUCUUAAAGACAUUGUUGUUAUUAUAAUUAUAUUAAGUCCAUACUUGUUUUUCUUGUUAAUUAAGGAUUUUGAUUGUGCAAUCGUUGGCAAGUCUCAGUGUCUUGAAGCAACCUCUCUGCACUUUAUCACUGACGGCUCGACAUUCUUUGGGGAAAAAUGAAAGAUACGAAUGCAGAAAUUUUAUUUUCAAUGGCGUAUUAUAACCAUGACAUUCAUAACUGAUAAACGGAUUUUUAAAACAUGAUGACUUUUACUCGCACUCUGGAAUACACAGUUAAUUUCACAAAUUAGAAAACCAUUACUUUUACAAAUCAGACCCUUAAACCUGAUUUUAUCUGGAGUGCUGGCAUAAGGAGCAUACCCUUUCUCAAUAAUGGUCCAUUCAUUGAAAUGUGUGGCCUUUGAGCCAGUGAAUCUCGUGGCAGCCAAUUCGACUGUGAUAAUAUUGUUCGUCUGUUUCAUUUACCCAAGAAACUGCAUGUAGACUUACAUGAUAUCGACAGCUUGCAAUCCAUUAGGAACAAUAACUUUCCAACCUGCUCAGAAAAGCGUUCAAGCUCGUGGUACUUCAAAUCAUCUUGAAUGAAAAAUGCAGAUCCUUAUCUCUCUCCUAAUAACUGAGUGUGAACUGUGCAACUAUUACGGCAUGUUGUUUUUCAUGCGGGACAGAUUAA